CUCGGGUCCCUUCAAUUAUCAGCUGAGCCGCAGCACCGCGGCCGGCGUGCGCCUCCGCCCGCGCCGCCUCCCUCCCCGCCCGUUCCAACACCCUCCGGGAACUACUUUGCCCGCCGGCUCGGGCUGCCGGGCUCGUCCGCGGGAAAGGCCCCGCUGCCUACUCGCGGCCCAUCACAUCGCCCCUCCCUCCCCCACCGCCCGGAGCGACUCUCCCAGCGGCCCGAGAUCUCCUCCCGAUCCCUUCGAGGGACCAGGAAGGGGAAUGUGGGGCCGUGCUUGGUAUCCCUCCGCCGGGGUCACCCCCUCCCCUCCAUGGUAGCAGGAACUAAUUCCCUUUCGGGUCACCGGGGACCUGAGGCUUGAAAUUUCACAGACGAGAGUUCCCUGGGCCUCUCGGAGGUCGGGGCGAUCACCCCAAGUCAAACCGCCCCCCUCCGCUAGCUCAAAAGCGGGGUUCGAUUUAAACUAGGGCUUUGGCCCCAUGACCCCAGCGAAGCCCCGCCCCUUCCUGGUUGUCUUAGCGACGCCGGUGGCGUCCCAAGAUGGCGUCGUGGCUGCCGGAGACGCUGUUCGAAAUUGUAGGACAAGGCCCAGCGCCGAGCAAAGACUAUUACCAGUUACUGGUCACCCGGUCCCAGAGUUCCCUCCGCGCGAAGAGGAAGAGCAGGCGUCCCCGGCUUGCGUGCAGCGGUGCAGCCUCACCUCCGCGUGGGAAGCAGAGAAAGAAAGACUCAGCCAAGUGUCCCGAGGAGGAGCCGGCAGGGGAGGGGAGAGAGAGAGGGACGAUCUCUCUUCCAGGGUAAUUUUUAGAUGGUGGAAGAUCUCUCUGAGGAGUGAGUAUCGAUCAGCAAAGCCCGGAGAAACAAAAGAUUCUCAUGGAGCAUUCCUAGAGAACUCCCAUCUUCAAGAUGUAAUCCAGCAACAAAACCAGAAUCUGAACUGUGGUUCGCAGCCUCCGAACCAUCUUGGUUCCUCAAGAUGCCCGCCUCCCGACAUCCCGACUCUUGUGUAACCCCUCCCCGGGUCAGUGUGUGUGACAAAUACAAUCUGGCAGAAAGGAUGGUGUAUCACUUCUGAGGUUGGGUUAUACAUGACGCUACAACGUCUGACUUUUCUCCUUUCCCCCUUCCUCUCAUCACUUGCUCUGGGGGAAGCCUGCUGCUGUGUCUCGAGACAGUCCUGGGGAGAGGCCCAUGUGAUGAGGAACUGAGGCCUUCCGUCAGCCGCCAUAUGCAUGAGCUUUCUUGGAUGUGGACCCUAGAGCCACUGUCAAGGCCUCAGUUGAUGCAGACCCACACAACGUCCUGACUAGACCUCAGGAGAGACAGAUCCUGAGCCAGAACCACCCAUUCCCACAUUCCUGAACCCGAGAAACUGUGAGAUACUGAAUGUUUGUUGUUUAAAGCCAGUAAAACUGGGAAUCAUUUGUUACAACGCAACAGUAGAUAACUAAUACGGAACGCUUCUCACCAUUUCCAACUCUGGUCCAACCAGCAACCACCUCUGUCCCAGACUGUUGAAUUAUUAGCCUUCUAACUGGUCUUGCUUUUCCUACCCUUGCCCCACAAUAGCGUGUUCUCAUCACAGAAGUCAGAAUCAGUCCUUCAAAACAUAUCAGGUCACAUUACUUCUCUGCUUCAAGCCCUUCAAUGGCAUCCUGCCUCAUAUAGGGUAAAAAUCCAAGUCUCGUAGUGAUCUUCAGUCGCUCCCCUCUUGCCCACUCUGCUUCAGGCAUACUGGCCUCCCUGGUAUUUCUUUUGCACAGACCAAGCAUGCUUCCACCUCAAGGCCUUUGCACUUGCUAUUCCCUUUGUUAAGAAUAUAUUUUCCCAGGAGCCCCAAUGAUUUGCUCUUCAUUCAGGUCUCUGCCGAGACUGCCCUAUUAGAGGGUGUUUCCCUGACCGCCGUAUAAAAAAUCACCACCUCCCUCCUUACCCUGGAAGACUGGAUUUCCCAUAACAUCUAUCACCACACAAUAUAGUCUAUGUUAUUUGUUCACUUUUUUAUUUUUUAAAGAUUUAUUUAUUUAUUCAUGAUAGACAUAGAGAGAGAGAGAGAGAGAGAGAGGCAGAGACACAG